GCUGGAUAAUGCGAUGCAUGACUGAGAGACUUGUGCCAUGGUUUGCACCCCUUUUUCAGGCAAUCUUUCGCUUCACUCUCCUUUGCAGGAAGCCUCAAACAAAGUGACCUUAUCAUAAACACAAAAUCAAAAACCAAAAGUUGUCAAGAGAAAGACAACCAGUGGCAGAGUUAUCAGCAACGAUAUGACGGUGGAAGCAACCGACAAGGAAGGUAGUGUUGAAGUGAAAAUCACGAGCAUGAUGACGAGCAAGGAGCUUGAAGACGAGAGUAACAAAGAAGACAAGAAGGACGAUCCUUUGGCGUCGGUACCGGUAGACAAUGAGGUGUCUUCGGAGGCUUCAGAGGAUCUCAAGAAAGAGGCAGAAGAUCUCAAGAAGGAGGUACCCACCCAUGAUCCCACCACAAGGAGCUUUCCUACCAACGCCGAGAGAGGAAUGAUCGAAGACGGAGCGCUUACAGUGUUGGAUGUUCCCAUGAGAGAGUUCAACAUGGGGCCAAUCUCCUUCAAUCCCUUCACGUCCAUGAUUGGCAUCAUCGCGCUGUGGGGUUUGGCCAUUUGGUGCAUGGUCAAUCCGGAGCAAGCCCUCGAGAACUUACUCGAAACUCGCGCCAAUGUGGGCCUUUACUUCACUUGGUUCAUCAUUAUCACCAAGCCCUUGGCCUUUUUCUGGGUCCUUUACAUUGCUUAUAAAUUUGGAGAUGUCAAGUUUGGUGAAAGGGACGAGGAACCAGAGUUCAAUGGGAUGCAGUUCUUCUCCAUGAUCUUUGCUGCUGGAGUUGCCGUCGGAAUCUUUUACUAUGGAGUCGCAGAGCCCUUGUGGCAUCAGGACAGUCACUGGUAUGCCAAUGCGGGGUAUCGUUCACAAGAUGAGAUCGAUCAAAUGGCCAUGACCUACACGCUUUUUCACUGGGGUUUCAUGGCCUGGGCAGUCUACAUUUUGGUUGCUGUAACCACCGCUUUGGCUGCCUACCGAUUCAAGUUGCCCUUGACCUUCCGAUCCUGCUUCUACCCCAUCCUUGGAGAAUAUACCUGGGGCUGGCUUGGUGAUGUCAUCGAUGGCUUUUCCAUUGUGACCACCGUGUCGGGAGUUUGCACUUCGCUUGGAUUGGGCGCGAUUCAGAUCACUGCCGGGUUCCAGCGUCUUGGAUGGGCUGAUAAAGAGUUGACCACCGACGAGCUCGUCCUGAUUCAGACUAUUUUGAUCAUCUGCAUCACUGCCGUUGCUACAGCCAGUGUCAUCUCUGGACUUAGUAUAGGCAUCAAGUAUCUUUCGAUGUUCGCGUUUGGGCUGGGCAUGGUUUUGACCUUUAUUGUUCUUACCUUGGAGAACACACACUUCAUUCUCAAUCUUCAAGUUCAAUCCAUCGGACACUUCCUCCAGUGGACUACAUUCCAAAUGAAUUUCCAAACUGACGCUUUUGGUCAACUUCGCGAGGGCGAGGGCCGUGCAGUUGAUGGAAAUGCCGCCGCUGCUUGGUGGAUGGAAGCUUGGACUGUGUUCUAUUGGAACUGGUGGACAUCAUGGGCCUGCUUCGUUGGCCUCUUCGUAGCCAGAAUCAGCCGAGGACGAACAGUGGGAGAGCUCAUCAUUUACUCCCUGGUGGCUCCCUUCCUCUACUGCCUCUUCUGGUUUUGCAUUUGGGGCGGUGCGGGUCUUCGCCAAUCCCGCCAGGCAUUGGAAAUGCAAGAGUUGGGCCAGGAACACUUCAACGACACGUCAUACUUUCAACAUGGAGUUUCGGACUACUGCUACGAUGUACCGCAGGAAGAUUUGUGGCUCAAUGGAACGCUGAUUUUCACGAACUAUCUGAAGGGCAUCACUCCCGUGUGCGUGUUUGAGAGCACAGAUGCCUCGAGUUUCAACGUUCUCUACAGUUUUUCCUACCCUAGCAGCUUUCCCAACGGCGGCAUGGGCUCUGUGCUGACAGUGCUUUACUUAUUCGCGGUGGCAGUCUACUUUUGCACGUCAUCUGACAGUGGUUCUUUGGUGGUUGAUUUUUUGGCGUCAAAUGGAAAGCAUGAACAUCACUGGCUCCAACGAUUGUUUUGGGCCCUUACCGAAGGUGCAGUUGCGAUUGCCCUUCUCAACGCCGGUGGCCGUGAUGGUCUAGCCGCCGUACAGGCAGCAUCCAUCAUCGCCGGUCUUCCUUUCACCCUCUUCCUGGUUUUCCUGAUGCAGACAAUGUACGAAUUCUGCGAACAGGCAGUCGACGACAACAACAAGUUUUACGAACCGCAUUUACGAAAGGAAUUCAGGAUGCCUGUGUACGGUGGAAUCUUCAAUGUGAUGGAGCUCGCCGCCUCUCUUGGAGGUGUCCACCAUGAACGCGUCGCAAUGGGAAUUGACCGUCCACAGGGCGUCCAUGUUGUGGAGUUCUUUAAGGGAUUGUUCCUUCCGUUCGUCUCCCUCCUUGAAAUUGUGACGACCUUCUACUCGGACCCGAGUCAAAAAAUUUCGAACCUCCUAACGGUGGGCAUUUACACGUUUUUGCACUUUGGUUGGAUUGUCCUCUUCUGCGCGACAUCAGCAUAUCCUGCUCUGCGUGCUUGGGGGUGGGUGUGCUUCUUCAUGAAUGGCUGCCUUUUGACCAGCAUCAAGACUCACUACCGCACCACAAACAGCCUCCACGGCAACAUCGUUGGCGACUUUUUUACUUCGCUGUUCUUCUUUCCUCAAGUCUUCGCCCAGCUCAUCAUUGAAGUCCGUGCAAACGACUUCAUCAGUGGCGCGCCACAGGAAACCGAAGGGUUGAUCGAUGGGGCCGAAGAGAUUUCCCCCGCUGAUGAUUCUCCCGAGCCAACGGUCCCAGCAGAAGAUAAGACAAACACUUCGAAUGUGAAUGUGGCUCUUGGCCCGGAGAUCAGCGCCUAAGAGAAAGACGACUCCCUGAAUCUGCCAAGCAAGAACUAUCCCAGAGUCAUGUCCUGUCAAACCGUUCGGCCUAUGUGGUCGUCAUUCCUACGUGUGAAUGUACUAGUAUUUGUGUUCUGUGUGAAAGAUGCAUGGUUGAAUGUCGUGAAGCAAUUGAUGCUGGCUAAGACUACACGUGCGUGGUAGCUAUGAUAACUGAACUAAACCUAAAAAUGAUGGUACCACAGC